CGGGGAAGUAGAGGAUGCAAAUACACCGUCUCUACUAAAACGGCUGUUUAAAAAGUUCACCCUGUCUGUCCUUGGUCAGUUCAUCGCCAAAUCCUCGGCUAACCUCUACAGUAGAACGGCUUUGUUACCUGAAACACAGUGAGAGAGAGACAGCUCUCUUAACAGCUCUCGAUUCCUCCCCAGAGAAAAUGAGCAAAAUCCCCCUCUCUCGCUCUGAGGUGUUUGGGGAGUUAAGGAAGGAGCUGCAUGAAGAUGAGGAGUUCCGCCAGUCAGACGCUCACAUCUUCAUCAUCAUGGGAGCAUCGGGAGAUUUAGCUAAGAAGAAAAUCUACCCGACUCUAUGGUGGUUGUUCAGAGAUGGCCUCCUCCCAGAGCAGACAAAUUUUGUGGGCUUUGCUCGAUCCGACUUGACCGUGGAUGCCAUCCGGACUUCCUGUGUGCCCUACCUGAAGGCCACAGACUCUGAGGCAGAGCGAUUGUCGGUAUUCUUCAGCAGGAACACCUAUGUCAGUGGGAAAUAUGUAGAUGAGAGCUCUUUCUCAAAGCUCCACACACACCUCCUCUCCUUGCCUGGUGGAGAUAAGGCCAACCGACUCUUCUACCUGGCUUUGCCGCCCACUGUUUACCAUGAUGUAACCAAGAACAUCAAGCACCACUGCAUGAGCACCAAAGGCUGGAACAGGGUGAUCGUAGAGAAGCCAUUUGGACGGGACCUGCAGAGCUCUGAGGAGCUGUCCACCCAUCUGUCCUCUCUCUUCACUGAAGACCAGAUCUACCGUAUAGACCACUAUCUGGGCAAGGAGAUGGUACAAAACCUCAUGGUGCUGAGGUUUGGGAAUCGCAUCUUUGGGCCCAUCUGGAACAGGGACAGCGUGGCGUGUGUGGUCCUAACUUUUAAAGAACCCUUUGGAACACAGGGACGGGGGGGCUACUUUGAUGACUUUGGCAUCAUCCGUGAUGUCAUGCAGAACCACUUGCUUCAGAUGCUCUGUUUGGUUGCUAUGGAAAAACCAGCUUCCACCAGCUCGGAUGAUGUCAGGGAUGAAAAGGUUAAGGUACUGAAAUGCAUCGCCCCAGUGUCCAUGUCAGAUGUGGUGUUGGGCCAGUAUGUGGGUGAUCCAGAGGGGGAGGGAGAUGGCAAGCUAGGUUACCUAGAUGACCCCACCGUGCCUAAAGGGUCCACCCAGGCCACCUUUGCCACAGUGGUGCUCUAUGUGCACAAUGAACGCUGGGAUGGUGUUCCUUUCAUCCUUCGCUGUGGCAAAGCCCUUAAUGAGAGGAAAGCGGAGGUCCGGCUGCAGUUCACCGAUGUCCCAGGGGAUAUUUUUGGAAAUCAGUGUCACAGGAACGAGCUGGUGGUACGUGUCCAACCCAACGAGGCAGUCUAUGCCAAGAUGAUGAGCAAGAAGCCAGGCGUUUACUUCAGCCCAGAGGAAACUGAGCUGGAUCUCACAUAUAAGAGCAGAUAUAAGGAUGUAAAGCUGCCAGAUGCUUAUGAACGUCUCAUUUUGGAUGUCUUCUGUGGAAGCCAGAUGCACUUUGUGCGCAGUGAUGAACUAAGGGAAGCGUGGAGAAUCUUUACACCUCUUCUUCAUCAGAUCGAGAAAGAGAAAACGCCCCCCAUCCCUUACAAAUAUGGAAGCCGUGGCCCUGCAGAAGCAGAUGAGCUCUCAAAGAGGGUCGGCUUUCGCUAUGCGGGCACCUACAAAUGGGUCAACCCACACAAACUGUGAGUUGUGGUGACAGAGGAGAAGAAGGGAAGAGUAGAAGGAUGGAUAGAGGGAGGGGUGCAGCGGAGUAAGUGAGCCAGGUCAUGUUCCGGUGAUAGUGUGUCUUUGGGCCAGGUGGUGUUUCCACUACGUGGAUCCCUCACAGCAGCAGCCUUACUCUUCUGAAUGAAGUGGAUCUGUUUAAAAUUAGAGGAAUAUAACCAAGUUCUCAGGUACUGCAAGCAUCGCUCUUCAGUGUUGUGGAGCCAGUUCAGACCAUCUGACCAGAUCAGUUUCGUAGCAGUUUGAGACAUCCUAUUGUGCAUCCAUUGUUAUUGUAGCCACAUGACCAUGUUUUGAUUGUAGCAUGCAGUCUUACUAUAGCAGCAGCAUAAAAAAAUAUUUUUGUUCAAAGCGGGACCAAGCCAGGUAAAGGUGGGGUACAAAGAAUAUAUGUUAUUUAUCCUAACAUGAAGAAUAUGUUACUGGGGGAAAUUCUUUCUGGUUCCUCCUCUUUCUUUCUUGGUUCCAAAUUUCACUGUAACCCAUCAGGUUUAAAAUUUAUCUUUAUCUGUUAGGAUGGUGAAUGGGUUAUGGGUAACGUUGAACCACAAGAGAAUGCGGAGCCCAAAGCAAUAAAAAAAUGAAAAGAAAAAAAAACCCAUACACACACACUGGCUGCAAAGCACUGAAUGAAGCCAUGCUUACUUACGAUAACUACUGCUCCAGACAUGGAUGAUGCUAAACGGAGAGACAGCGAACAAAAAGACAACUUGCUUCAUGUUGAGAGAUGAUAGUCCACUAGCUGUCAUCACUGCGCUAUCAUAACCAAUGUGAUUGUCUUACAUUUAUGCUUUGACUGGAUUUAAAGUCAUUUUUAGUUGAAAGUCUUCUUGCAUUGCACAUAUUUACUUCUGCUGCUUGGGACCAAGGAAAUAAUAGUUACAGCUGAUAAACAUAUACUUUUAUUGGCUUUUUUUUGAGGGGUUGAAUUGUUUUUCAUUUGCAGGCAGUUUCUUUCCAAAGCAUUCAUGCUAGAACAGUCUUAACUGUGCAACGCAAGACAAGUGACUGUUUUGUUAGCUUCCCUCUUGGGGUUUCAUUCCUUUUGUGGUUACAUUUUUUUCUUUCUUUCCAGGUUUAUUUAAGUUACUGAUUUUCAUUCCAUAUUUCAGUCUUUACAUCAGCAGUGUCUGGCAAAGACCUACAGGAAAUGUCUUAAUAAGGACAUAAUCGUAACGUUGUUUACUGCAGAUGUGUUAAACUACGUCAUUUCCCAUUACCUGCAAUAAACCAAUCUUGUAUAUCAAAAGUG